AUGGAUCAACCUCAGCCUCUUAAGCAUGGCACGACAGCGGACGUUUUUUUCGAGCCAGGUCAGAGAAAGAACUUCUUGGAUGCAAUGAAUCGACGCUUGCAGUGGCUCGACAAACUUGGUGUGCUGAAGGUGAGCAUGCGAGCUGGUAAUGAUGGCCUUCCCACGUACGAUGGCAUGCCUGAAGAACCUUUCGAUGAACGGCUGGGUACGAUCAUCGCCUUACUUGACGCAUCACCUAGGAAGACAACCCACGUCGUUUGGCGGAAGCUUUCGGAUGAGCUUUAUCGCAUGCUUACUGCUGAGAUAAAACCGACUGCUACCGAGGUUCUUAGCAAGCUUAACCUUGCCAGGUCCAAGUACAUGAAAGAUUUUGAGCUCAUCGAUGCGUUCCGGGAAAAGUUGUCGAACCCUGCUACAGCCCUAGGCCUGGUAGAAGACAGCAUCCUUUCUUGGUGUCCCCAGGCUAUGGCCCGCAUCGUUAGAUACGAUACGAGCACUUUGUCUGACCCGGAUUGGUGGAAUCGCAAUGCUGAUGAGGUCGGGGGUUAUAACAUGAGUUCUUCAUCCCUGAUCAGGGUCGUCAUCUCGGAGAUGGACUAUGCAAGAGCCGCGGAAUCAAACGAUAGACUUUUUCUGUACCUGGAACUGGCAGCCGAAGUUUUAAGGAUGUUCAUGUCUUGCCAAGCCAACGGGCCUCUUUUAAAUGCUCUAGAUCAUCAUAUUGAGGGUCUUGAGGCUUAUAUCCGAGGCAAUGCGCAGGAAGAACGCUUGGAACAGGAGCUUCAGUGA